AUGAUUUCACAGUCUAGGCAGUGCCGGCUAGACAAGAGGGUGAGUGGCGGUCGGGGCAAGCUCCACCGCUGCACGGGAGCGAUCAUCAACGGGAAGGCGACAUCCGGCUGCCCGGUGCGUGCGCGGGGGUGCAAGCAAACCGAUGGCACCUGGAAGGUUACGGAGGUGGUCCUCGAUCAUGUGGCGUGCACCGGCCAGGCCGGCAACAAAAAGCAGCGGAUCAACCGCCGAUGUGUGGAGGGGGAAGCAGCGGCGCUCGUGAGUGCCAACCACAGCAUAACAUGUCCGUCACUGGUGAAGACGCUGAAGGCAACCUCUGGCGUGGAUGUCAGCGAGAGGUCAGCUAGCAGGAUGCGGGCAGACAUCCUCGGCAAGGGAAAGGACGCGAUCGCCAAGGAGUACCAACUCCUCCAGAGCUCCUGCGACCUUCUCGGGAGGGACAACGGCAACAUCGUGGAGUGCCAAAUGGAGCGCAGUACGCUGCGCUGCGCUGCGCUGCGCUGCGCUGCUGAUCCGUCUCGUUCUUGA